CAAUUAUGCCAGUCAUUUGUGCGCAUUGAUCGGACUAGUGCUCAGCACACCGCUAGAAAGGAUGGCGACCAAAUGCGGACUCUGUCGUAUCAUAUCAUUUGUGUUGAUUAUCACGUUCUUUGAACCUUGGGCAGUCCCUUGCUAUACACAAGACCCUGGUGUGAAAUACUACCGUGAAAAAAUUUGUGCUUGUUGGUUGUGGUGGCCGCCUCCGGAUACGAAUUGGUGCAUCUAUUACCGUUAUGUCACCCGGUCACGCUACAUGCUUAUUCAUAGAUGUUGCCCAGGAUACGGAGGAAGAAAUUGUGGGACUCCUAUUUGCAAUUGCAAAAAUGGCGGAACUUGUGUAGCUCCAGAAGUAUGUGAAUGCCCACCGGGUUAUGGAGGAAAUUCAUGCCAAACUCCCCUGUGUUACCCCACAUGCAAGAAUGGACGCUGCACCAAACCUAAUCAGUGUACGUGUUAUCCGAAAUACACAGGUUUUGACUGUUCUAAACCUAUUUGUUACCCACGUUGCCGAAAUGGAGGAGUUUGCCAAAGCCCCGACACCUGCGUAUGCGGUGAAAAUUAUGCUGGUCCGACUUGUUCAGACGCCAUUUGCAAACCUCAUUGUUUGAAUGGUGGUACGUGUACCUCUCCACCCAGAACCUGCUCCUGUACAGCUAAAUACACGGGAUCACGAUGUCAAACUCCUGUUUGUAAUCCACAAUGUCAAAAUGGCGGAUCAUGCGUAUCACCAGACACGUGUUCUUGUUUAGAGACGUACACCGGAAGUACCUGUGAAACCCCUUUGUGUUCUCAUCAUUCUCCCUGUUUCCCCGGAGUAUGCACUGACACUAUAAAUUGUCAGUGUAAGGCUGGAUUUACGGGAGAUGGAGGACUCCAACGAUGUAGAACCUUGGAUACUAAUAAUAAGCCUAUCAUAACGAAAUGUUCAGUAUCUCUGGCUAAUAUUGAGAGAACUGGAGAUAAAAGAGAGCUGUACCGAUUCAUGACAGAUUCUUCCGAUCCAAACUCUACAGAACCUGACAUGUUGUGGUUAAGGAACAAGGACUACAAUUACGUCAUUGCAGAUUUCUCUGCAAUAUAUGCCCCUCCUGAUAACUUCACACAACCAGAUUACGUCGACAACUUUAAGUUAGGAAUUGUGAAAGGGAAAAUGCAACUAGAUUUGCAUAAAGUAGAUAGAAAAGAUCCAAACAAUCCAUUCAUAAGUUUGAAUAGAUCAAUAUAUGAAUGCCCAAGUCAACCAGGAUCUGCAAAUCCAAGCACAGGCGUGUUCCUUUGCAAUGUCACCAACCCGAAUUUCGACAGACUGUUAGAGGACGGAGAUAAUUUGACAUUAACCGUAAUAGCCGAAAAUGGAGGAUUUCGAACAUUAAAGACGCCAUCUAACAGAUAUGAAAACGACGUCUUCAUCGGCCAAACCUCGCAGAAAUCAAUGCUGUUUCGCUUUGACUUCAAAAAACCACACCACUGUCUACUGAAUGAGUCAUGCCAAUCAAAAGCUUUCACCGUAAACAAAGAUAUCACAAAGAAUCAAUUUACAUUUUCCUGGGAUGGAUGGUCUGAUUCGCUCUCCGGAAUGGGAAGGUAUACAAUUCAGGAGUUUCUUCUUAAACCGAACGAGAACGUGAAUCCAAAUCUUACAGAGCCAAAUCCUUGGGAUCCAUCCAAGUCAUUCGACUUUAGUGACUCGGAAAGAUAUUUUACAUACACACCAGAUCAACCGGGAAUGUACGCCUUUCUCCUGAAUGUAAUAGAUAAUGCAAACAAUACUCAAUAUGCAAGAACUCUGGUUUUAUAUGAUAAUCAAUCUUCAGUUACCAUCGAUACUAAUUCGCCCCUAAUUGCAACAAGUGCAGCAGAAGAGACAAACUAUAAAUGGCAGAAUAGUCUGACUACCGACAUAUCCAUCUCCUGGAGAGGACAUUUCAGAAACACAUUUCAUGAAAACAAUAAACUCUUAGUUCCUGUAACACCCUAUAAAUACUACAAUCAUUAUGUAAAAUUCCACAAAGCUGUGCCGGAUAAGCUAGAGGAUAAAGACGGCGAUAGAACACUGGCACGUGUAACAAAUGUGCACGGUAUCGUUGGAUUUCAAUACACAUAUCGACAUGUGAAUCAGGGAAGUCAACCACCGUCUGAUUGGAAUCCUGUAAGCGAUAUAAACUCACAAACAGCAUCUUUCAAUAUCCCAAGGAGUAAUGGAGAUGGUUUAAAUGUGUGGGUUAAAGCCACUGACGUCCUUGGAAAUAAACAGAUUGACGUCAUGCAAGUUUACUUUGACGAAACGCCUCCAGAUCCUUUAACACAAAGGAGCGUCAACUUCAUCAAAAAUCUGAAAAAUUCCACCUUUCCUUUCUCAAGUCGCUUGGAGAUUAGUGCUCAUGACGGAGAAAGUGGUAUACACAAAAUUAGUUGGAUUCUAAAGUCGAAUCACAGCGACGAAGUCUUCCAAACUGGUUUGAUACCUGGUAACAAAUCAGAGAUGGAGCUUGUUCAUCUUGAUGGAUACAAAAACCAUAUGGGCGACUAUUUUUAUUACAAACAUUACAUUGAAGUUAACAACUGUUGGAUGGUGGUUUCCAAGGAAAAUUUUCAGACUGAAUUUAUCAAUUUGGAGCUCACGGCCUAUAACCGCGCUUUGGAAUCAACUAACUUCACCUUGAUGAUACCGGAUUUAGAAUCCUUAGACGGAAUAGACGAUUAUUCUGGGCCAACAAAUCUGCGUGUGGUAGAAACGUUCGACAAUGGAGUACGGUUGCAGUGGAUUAUCUCCCCUACCUGUUACACGAUAACAAGAAUUACUGUUACGGGGGUAUCAACUGGCGGGAAAACGGUUAAUCGUCUGGUUGACAAGAACUCCGAUUACUUCGAUCUCACAGGGCUGGACUCAGAGACGACGUAUAACUUAUCUUUCGUCACAGAAUAUGGAAAUCAGAGAAGUGAUCCAGUAUUUCUCACGUUCCGUACCAUGGAAUCGCCAGCUGCUCUUACUACUGGUGCAAUUGCUGGCACAUCCGCAGCUCUUGCGAUUUUGCUUGGGGUUAUCAUUGGUGGCGUGAUCCUAUGGAGAACUGGAAGGUUGACAGUCACCAAACAGGAGCUGCAAAGGCGUAUGACGGUUGCAAGACAAAGAAUUCAAAACCGUUUCACAGUUUAUAAUGAAGAUGAUGAUAUAUAUAUCUACGGACAAAAGGAGUUUGAUAAAUCUGACAACUGGAUAAUACCCCAAAGCUCCAUUGUUCUGGAAACACUUAUGACGAGUGGAAGGUUUGCUGAUAUUUAUAAAGUCAGGUAUCAACCUCGAAACAACACUGUGGAAAGGGGUGCUGUUGUUGCGAAAAUACUGAAAAGUGGAUAUACGGAGGAAAAUGAAUUGAGUAUGCGAGCAAAAAUCAAUUUUCAAGCAACACAAGUUGGGGAACAUCCAAAUAUACUUCGCUUCUUAGGUGCUGUCAUAGACGAUGUAUCACUUGGUCCAUACAUGAUUCUGGAGUUAUGCAAUAAGGGACAACUCAGGGAUUGGUUGUUGCAACAGAAGAAUGCUGUUAAUGAUGACAUCAUUGAAUCACUCUAUCGCAUCAUUUACGGAAUUUCUAAAGGGAUGUAUCAUUUGGAAAAUAGAAAGGUGAUUCAUCGAAGACUUGCAGCGAGAAAUAUUCUUCUGAACUCUGAUUUAGAUCCCAAAAUAUACGGCUUUGGACCGCAAAAUCUACAAAAGGAAGACGGUACUGACCGUAAUGCUGAAGCUAAUGCAAAAGAAGACAAGGAACGUAUUCCUGUUAAAUGGACGGCUCCAGAGUGUUUGGUAUCAAUGAAAUCGGCGACCACAAAGAGUGAUGUUUGGUCAUUUGGAAUUGUGAUUUGGGAAAUUUUCAGUUUUGGUGAUACACCAUACCCAGGUAUUCGAAGCAGAGACAUAGCACGGCAGGUUAAGGCCGGACACAGAAUGAAAAGACCUGAAUUCUCCAACGAUUUUUUUUACAAAGUAAUGACUCAGUGUUGGCACCUGAGAGCUAAAAAUCGACCAUCAUUCCGUGACAUCAGCACUGAUAUCGGAAAUACAUUCAACGCGGCACCAUCUGAUGAAUUCUAUUACUACACGGAAAAAGGCAACUAGUGACCUACACAUCUGCUCAAAAUAAUUGUUUUGUUUAGUUUAAGGAAAACGCCAGUUUAUUUUAGAAAUAAGAGAACGAAUGUUUUGGAAGAUUACAUUUCUCCACUUUCCGUUUUAUGUGUAGAGGUUCACUAUUCAACAUGGAUAAAACAAUAGAAUAUGACAUUUUGUAGAAAUUAUCACAUUAACAUUAAUGUGAAAUGCUUGUUGGAAUUAAUAGGGUUAAUUAGUCAAGUAGCGAAAAAAGUUUGAUUUUUAAGUUUUUAGCUACCUGAGCAGAAAGCUCAAGUGGGCUAUUCUGAUACCUUUUCGUCCGGCGUUCGUCUGUCGACUCGUAUAUUUUCAGCUUCUUUUCAAGAACAAAAAUCAUCCUUGGCUAAAGGGACUAGGGCUCUAGGAAUAGGCAAUCAAGAAAAUGCAGAAAUAGGAUGUGUCAUUUAAAUAUCAUUUCACAUAAGAUAGAUGCAAGUUUGUUCACAUCAUGCCCACGAGAGUGGGUUGGGGCCAGAAUAUGGAAUCAAAUUUGCCCAUGGCAAUAUACGAUUUGUUAAUACACGCUGUCAUUUGGUCAAAUGCUGUUUGACGUGUUUCAUACCUAUUGUUAAGCUGAUCUCUACACACUAAUUUUGACUACUGAUUAAUCCGUUUACCUGAUCAAGAUAUGAUUCAUGGCUGGUGUGACCGGUCGACAGGGGAUACUUACUCCUCCUAGGCACCUCAUCCCACCUCUGAUAUGUCCAGGGAUCUGCGUUUGCCCAACUCUUAAAUUUGUAUUCCUUAUAGGAGUUAUGGGAUUGUUUUACUUCACCCUUUCAUAACAUAGAACAAAUCUAUAAAUAUGUUAUCAAUAAAAAAAAUCUCAAGAACAGGACCAGGAUUGGUAAUCUUAAUUUACAAGCAUUUUCAUGUAGUACAUAUUCAAGUUUGUUCAAAUUCUGAUCAACUGGGGUUGUGUGACCACAAUAGAAAUCAAAAUAUUUAGGAAAAUAUUUUAGAAUUUUCCCUCCAGAACAACAGGACCAUAAAUAGUCAUGUUAUUUAUUUGCAAUAAUCCCUAGGUAGUGUAAAUUCAAGUUUGUUUAAAUCAUGGUCCUCUGAAGUAGGGUGGGAGGCUACAAUAGGGGAUCAAAGAUUUAUACGGGAAUAACAAGAAAUGAAUCAAACCAUUUUUGUUUCAAAAACAACAGGACCACACUAAAUCAUUUCAAAAUGCAAACGUUCCUACGUUGUGUGGGGUCAAUUUUUAACAACAACCCCCCCGAUACUUAAUUCGGGGUUGGGAUAUUGGUUUUGUCGUGUCUGUCUGUGUCUGAAACUAUAACGUAAAUUUGCGUAAUAGGGUUCUCAUAUUUCAAAUGUACAUUUCUUAUUCAAAGACUCAUGUGAGCGAUGUGGCCCACUAGCCUUUUGUAUAUGUAUCAUUUGUAUAGACUCGUGUAUACUUUUUUUUUAUUUAGCAUGAUUUUCAAAUUUUUAAUUGCGUAUAUGUACAGAACAAAAACAAAUUCUUUCUAAUUGCAGGUUUAUGAUAUUUACACAUUUUGUGUCUGUUAUUCCAUUGUUGUUCAUGAUUUCGUUAUCAAAUUGUAUAGUUUCUGGUCAUUUCUCUUUUCAUUGUAAAAAUGAAAUAAGAUUAAAUAUAUAUGAGGUUCCAAGCAAAUUAAUUCUUCCAUCGAGGUAGCAUCUGAUACGAGUAAUAAGUGUCUUCUUAGAUACCAUAAAUGGCAACGUAAGGUGCAUGUAUUUGCAAGUUUAAGUAAUGAGGUAGUAACACGGAUCUUAAUAUUUCCUAUCGUUAUAUUUGAUAACUUUCAUUUGUUGUUAGGAUUUAAUUUCCGGUUCUUUAUUUGUUUCCUCACUAUAGAGUGUAAUUACGUUCCUGUAAGAUCGUUAUGGUAUUUAUGACCAUAUAGGUUAACCAUUUUGGACUCGAAAUAUGCAAAUAACAUAUAUAUCAUAUUCUUGAAAGACGAUCCGGAAAUUUUCAAGUUAAAACACCUUAUUUUGUAAGUUGAGCUCUGUCAAAAUUACUCGACUGCUGUGGAGUCAGGUAUCGUUUCAACUUCCAGCGAUGCAUUAUUGUAACUUCAUAUUCCAUUAGAAUUAAAUUAUAAUCAUUAUGAAAGCAACAAUAAAAUAUAGAUCGUUAUUAUACACACAAAAUCAAAAUAGAAAACAAAUUCGGGCAUCGCAUUUAAUAUGAUUUGAUCCAGAGCUGCACAAUGAGAUCUCACACUGUUUGCUUUGUACUUGAGAGAAGCAAAAAGAUAAAUUUCCUUGACUGUCUGUGUAAGUACCUUGUAUAUUAGAAUUACAAAACAAGGUAAUAAAUCAUCAAAACCUG